CGUACCAUUUAUUCAACAGACUUUACAUUAGGAACACUUAACUGACCCAAGAAAUACUCUCAAGAAACGUUUAAAAUUUUAUUUUAAAAGCCCAAACAUGAAGAAAAAUGUGGGGGUGUACAAAGAUCAGUUGAUCCGUCACGAUUGUCAAUCCGAUGUUGAGGGCUCCUUGGGGAAGGAGGAAUCGGAAGGGGAUGAGGAGGCGGAGGCGGAGGAGCAGCCAACCGUCAUCGAGGAGAUCCCUUGGAGUGUGAUGAAACACGAGAUGGAUGCGAUGAAUCGAAAGCUGGACGAGAUGGACGCCCGCUUCUCCAUCGAUCCCUUUGGCGGGGGCUCGAGAGCGACCCGGGAGCGGGAGGCGCAGAUGGGUCUGGGUCCGGAGGACUCACGCUGGAUGAUACUGAAUGGCAGCAAGGAUCCGGCUGUUCGAGAAUUGCAAUUGAACAAUCUUCGCAUUCGCCGACAGUUGGAGGGUCUAAUCCGCUGUUCGGAGCUGGGAAAUGGCCGCCUAUUGGCCCUGGAUCGUUUAUUUUCCCGGCAAAAGGAUCUCCUGGUCACGUCGCGGCAGGAGCAUGAGCGUGUCCUGUCCUUUCACCUGACCAAGCAACUGGAGGCUGGCAAGUGCCUGCAGCGGUACAGAUAUGCGGUGCAACUCUACGCCAACUGGCGGGAGCUCUUCAAGAUGGGUCGCAACCUGCGGGAGGCAUACAAGAAGAUCUUGGCCCGCACCCAAUCCCGCAUGGACUAUGUGGAGCUCAAGAAGCGUGCCAUCGAGGAGAUUGCGGCUGCCCACGAGAUUUGCCUGGGGUCCAUGCGACUUCUGUUGAAUCGGGUGAGGGAGGUGGAGGUGGGUCUAGCCCCGCUGGGCAUCGUCAGCCAACCCAAUAUUGGAAGAUCUAUUUCAUAGAGCAGCAAUCAUGAUUGCCCCUAAUCGCGUUGCCAAAUGUGAAAUUUUCAAUUGAUAAACUAACGAAUUCAUGGGAGAAAAAAAAAAUUAAAAAUUAUUUGUAAUGAGUUCUAAUAA